AUCUGUUCGAGAGACCUUGUUCAACUCGCUCAGGUGCAUUUUUCAGAGAACAUGUAAAGAAGAGCACCUCCUGCACGUAGUAUAUUCGUUUUGUUUUAGUAUGAUCGGUGGCUGAAUGUUGGCUGGAUUCAGUUCGGAUGAUGGAGAACAGAGUGUUAAAGCGCUCAGAGAACUGUAAAGAUCCUCCUCGGCUCUUUACAUACUAUCAAGGCGACAUCAACACCGCAGUGGAUGAGCACUUUUUCCGUGCCCUGAAUAAAGCAACCACACCUAAAGACCUCAGUACUAAAGCCAAGGACAGCAAUAGGACUUCCAAAGCUAAUGUACCAUCAUCAUCAUCAUGGACUUCUUCUGGUCUAACAUGGCCUAAGUCCACACACACUUCUGGUUCCUCAAAGCUGACCCAGUUGACGUCCAUGGAACCUACACCUCCAUCCCAGGGAGUUAUUGUGAAUCCCUCAGUACUAUCAUCAUCAUCGUCAUCCCUCUGGCCAUGCCCAUCCAGACAGGGCACGGCCUUCGAACUGCCUCAUAUAAUCUACCAACAGCCCAUGGCUGCUGAGAGCAGUGCCAACUCUUACCUGAACUUGUUACAAAUGGAUCGGCCAACAGGGGGCAUCAUGAUCUCGCCCUACUCAAAAUCAGAUACCAGACCAGAGUGGAAUUCUGGGACGGCCUUUAAAGAUGGAAGCAGGAUCAGCCUAGAUUCAGGUGUGCCUGUCUCAGAAAUAACUAAGGAUUUGUACUGGUAUUGAAGAAGUGAUUUCUGGCUCUGC